GUUUCACCUCAUCAGUACGGAUUCAGUUCUGGACAUGUUGGAUCAACAGGCUGCUGGUUCUGAUUUUCUUCUUUCCAGUCGGAACCUGCAACAAGCAGCUGGUGGAGUGUCAGAGGAGACCCAACAGAACCAGGAUGGAAACCAGAACUUCCUCUAGGACCAGUUAGAGAAGCAGACUGGAACCAGUGAGACUCAGAGGUUCAACUGGAAUAAUGUUUAAUAAGGAAUAUUGAUGUUGGCCUUGGACUUCAGGCCUUUUUGUUCUCAGGAGAAUUUAUUUAACACAAAGCAGCAGAAGAAAAUAACAUCCUACCAAGAAGAAACUUGUGGUUCUGAUCCAGUUCUGAUAGAGCUGCUCUGUCUAUCAGCCUGAGUUCAUCCAAUCAGAGCAGAGGAAAGAGGCCAGCAGGUCACUUGACCUGAUCCUUAAAGAAACCACAAACUGGAUCAACAGGAAUGAAGCUAUGAGGAAACUGAAGCUCCUCGCCUUUCCUCAGAGCUGAACUGGACCCAACAGAACCGGUUCAGCAGAACCUGAAGCAGCCAAUCAGCUGAGAGUCCAGAGCCACUGGGUGGAUCUGUGGUUCCAGUUCAGACGGUGAUCUGGGGACAGGAGAGCAGCUGAUGAAGAAAAACUCCCAUUUUGUUUUGGUUUUUCUCUGAGAGGAAGAUGAAGAUGAUGAAGAUGAUGAUGAUGAUGAUGAUGAUGGUCCUCCUGCUCGUUUCCCAGCAUGCCCUGUGUGGGGUGGUAGAGGUCACCGUGGGGUCGCAGUCUGUCCUGCUGCCCUGUCUUUACGCCGGCAUGCUACCUGAAGAGCCCGUCGUCACCUGGACCAACGGGGACGUGGGCCCCGCCUGCGUCCACCUGAGACGGGAGCAGGACGACCUGCGGACGCAGCAUGAGCGGUACCGCGGCCGGACGCGCAUGGCGCCCGAGGCGCUGGACUCCGGCGACUUCAGCUUGACCCUGAGUGACCCCCAGUCCGCCGACCAAGGUACCUACACCUGCAGCCUGAGCGGCGGGAGAGGACGCCGCACACUGAGGGUCAGUCAGCUCAGGGUCAGAGACGACCAGGUGGAGGUGAAGGCGGUGGAAGGAGCCGAUUCUGUGGUCCUGCCCUGCAGAAUGCCGCCCGAUCUGCCCGGCGACAGCAGAGUGGAGUGGACCCGUUCAGAACCAGAACCUCUGCUGGUCCACACGCUGCAGAACACGAGCCGACCCGGAACCAGGCAGGACGACCUUUACUGCAGCCGCACCCACAUGAAGGAGGACCUGCUGCAGACCGGCGACCUCAGCCUGACCCUGAGGUUCCCCACCGCCAGCGACAGGGGGCGCUACGUCUGCACCGUGUACCGCGGCCAGGACAUCCUGAGCCGGGCUGUGGUGCUGCAGCCCGUCGCAGAUCCGUUUCCCCUGCAGGCUAAAGUUCUGGUGGUUCUGCUGGUCGUCCUGCUCGCUGCUCUCUCUGCCUCUGGCGGUCUUUUCUAUUAUUUUCGACAUCACUUCCUGUCAGUCUACACGGUGAAGGUGGAUGCAGGGGCGGAGUCCGUCCUGCUGCCCUGCAAGUCCAGAGUCCGUCUGCCGGAAGACGCCAAGGUGGACUGGAGGACCAGCACCAACCUGAAGGUUCAUGUGUAUCUACAGGGUUGUGAUCGGUCAGAGGAGCAGCACCGGGCUUACCGCAACCGGACCCGGAUAAACCAAGACCCACUGAAAACCAGAGACCUCAGUCUGACGCUGCAGCGCCCCCUAGAUGUGGACAGAGACACCUACACCUGCAUGGUCUGCAGCAGAGAGGGACACAUCCUGCUGAAGAAGGACGUGAAGCUCCGUGUCAGAGUCCAACAGGUGGAGGUGAAAUCAGGGGAGGAGUCUGUCCUGCUGCCCUGGAGAACCAGAGAGGAUCUGGAUGGAGUCGUUAAGGUGGAGUGGAAGGAUGGAUUUAACAGGACGGUCCAUGUGUAUCAGAACGGUUCUGAUCAGCCUGAAGAACAGAACCAGAUCUACAGAACCAGAACCAAGAUGGAUGAAAACCUGCUGAGGAAUAAAAACCUCAGUCUGACUCUCAGUUGGCCCAGUGAUGGAGACAGUAACAUCUACACCUGCAGCGUCUCCAGCAGGAAUGGAGACGUCCUGAUGGAGAAACAAGUAAAGCUUCAGGUCACUGUCCAACAGGUGGAGGUGGAAUCAGGGGUGGAGUCUGUCCUGCUGCCCUGGAGAACCAGAGAGAAUCUGGGUGGAGACGUUAAGGUGGAGUGGAAGGAUGAAGAGAACAAGAAGGUCCAUGUGUAUCAGAACGGUUCUGAUCAGCCUGGAGAACAGAACAGAUCCUACAGAACCAGAACCAAGAUGGAGGAAGAUCCACUGAGGACUGGAGACCUCAGUCUGACUCUGCGAUGGCCCACUGAUGGAGACAGCAACACCUUCACCUGCAGCGUCUCCAAAGGGGACGGAGACAUCCUGAUGAAGAAACAAGUGAAGCUCCAGGUCAAAGUCUGUCAGGUGGAGGUGGCGGAGGGGGCGGAGCUUGUCCUGCUGCCGUUCAGAACGACAGCUGACCUGCCUGGAGACGCUACAGUGGUUUGGGGACGGAUUGAUCCAGAGCCAAAAAUGAUCGUUCACAUGUUCUACUGCAGUUCUGAUCAACCUGAUGACCAGGAUGAGUAUUUUAGUACCAGAACCAAGAUGGCUGACAACCUGCUGGCAUCUGGAGACGUCAGUCUGACUCUGAAACGUCCCACAGUGACAGACAGUGGGCAGUACGAGUCCUGCAUAGAGAGUGGGCAGAUCUGGAGGAAGAAAACCGUCCUGCUAAAAGUCAAAGGUCCUGUCCCGGUCCAGGACCAGCUGGAGGGCAGCAGAACCAGAAGUGGUUCUGAUGAUCCGACUCCUCUCAUGGCUGAAGAAACUGUCUGAUCGACAUAUUGAUCAUUGACUGUAAAUCCACGUGACUUUGGAUCAGAGUGAAACCUCAGGAUGAAAACUAUUUUUAUUUGCUCAGUCUUAGUGUCCAUCUGGACGAGGUUGGUGAGGUGUGACCGCUAAUCGACCUCUGACCUCUGACCUCUGGUCCUUUAAACCUCGGUCUGGAUUUGCUUGAAGUGAACUCUGGUUCGGUUUGAAUGUGAACGGCAAGUGGACUGGAGACCGCUUGGCACGAUAGCUUUCCAACUAAGGCUAACAUGCUAGCCUAGCGCUAGCAGCAGAAAUGUCUCCUGGUUUUCAGUCAAAGACUAAAGAGUUAAAAUCUGACGCCUCCAUCUUGUUUCCAUCUGGUGAAACAGGAAGUUGCUCUCAGUGUCUUCAGAGGUUUUUGUGUGGUUUCCUUCAGUGGUUGUUGGUGCAGCGCCCCCACAGGCCAGGAGGGGAACAGGUUGGUUUGACUCAGAACCACAGCAGCUGGAGGAGUUCUGGUUCCAGUAGAACCGGGUCGACCGGACCACCAGGAGGGAAACAGCCUUAGUUUUGGAAAGCAGCAGUAUUUAGUGGUGGAUCUGUGCCAGGUCACAGAUUGAUCCUCUGAAAGGAAGAAUUUUGAAGUGGAUUCACGUCUUCAGAGAGGCAGAGGAACCGAGUGAAACGGAUCCACUGGACCUAAACAACUAUGAGACCUAAAAACACAGAAAUGACUCCAAACGUUUCCUUUGUUGUGGUUCUGAGGUCCAGCUGAUGGGCUGGACUGACACACCAGAUGUUCUGAAGAUAUUCUGUCCAAAACGCAGUAAAUGUUAUUGAGUAAAUGUAACUAAUUACUUCCCAACUAUGUGUUUCAUGAACAAAUAAAUGUUUUCCCCUAAAAAUAAAAAGUUUAUCAAAUGAAACUCAAAGGAAGAUGGACAUGAUUAGAGGUGGGAGUCAUGGCAACAAACAAAUAACAGGAAAUUGUGAUUUUCUGAUCAGGAACAAACAAAAGAACAUAUUAUUCUACAAUAUCACAAGGAAAUGUAUAAUUAAAUAUUUAUAAAACAAAAGUUAAACAUUAAUAAUGCAGUUUAUUUGUUGUAUUUGAUUAUUUGAGGUUAUUUCAUUUAUUUAUUUAUUCUUUAAUCUAUUUCAAGUGAUUUUAGAAUCUUGAUCCGCCCUCCAGGCCAGCAGGUGGCGGUAUGGCACCACGUCAUUGGUUGCCUUUAAUGAACACCAAGAAGAAGAAGCAGCAGCUAACUUUUAGCAGCUUUUAGCAGAAUGAUCAAGUUAAAGUCAAAAGUUUUCUCACAAACCAGUGAAUAAACACCUUCCAACCCCCAGCGCCUGAUCCUCCAUCUUUAAUAGAACAAAAACAACAAACAGAACCGGGCUGAACCAUCAGAACCAGUCCAAUUCUCUACAUUCUGAGAACCGGACUGAACCAUCAUUUCCUGCAGAAACAAACAACCAACCUUAAAU